ACAACAAUGUACACACUCAGUCAUCACAAAACACAAGUAAACUUAAAGUCUACUCGAUUACUAUAUCAGGAAGACAUUUACAAAUAUGGUGGAAACAUUAUUGGGCCCCACAUUCCGUUACACUCUACCACCCCUCCCAAUCACAUUCCCAACUUCCAACAGAAUCCUCCUUUCUUCUCCAAUGUCAUCCUUCCCAAUUCCAUCUUCCCCCAAUCGCACUCACCCUCGCUGUUACUCUAACCCUAACCUCCCUCAAUCACAGCCUGCUUUGCUUGUCUUUUCCGGCGGAACCGCCUUCAACGGCGUCGUUGAGGACCUUAAAAGCUUCACCACCCGUGUUGCUCAUGUUCUUCCCGUUUCUGACGACGGUGGAAGCACCGCCGAGAUUGUUCGUGUUCUUGGUGGGCCUGCGGUUGGAGAUAUACGUUCUAGGUGUUUGAGGUUGUCUGAUCAAAGUACGGCGGAGGCUCUUGCGGUUCGGAAUUUGCUUGGUCAUCGAUUAUCACUUGAUGCUUUGCAAGCUAAAUCGGAAUGGUACUCUAUUGUGGAAGGUGAUCAUGUUUUAUGGGAAGGUGUGUCAAAACCCUACAGGGAGACUAUUCGAGCUUUUCUGGUUUAUUUCCAAAAUCAGAUUCUCUGCCGGUCUGAAGGAGCAUUUUGUUUCAGCAAUGGCAGCAUUGGAAAUUUCUUUUUUGCAGGAGCACGUAUAUUUUUUCAGUCCUUGGAUGCGGCAAUAUUUUUGUUUUCAAGAGUUUCUGAUAUUCCCCCUGAAAGCCUUGUUCUCCCUGUGAUUUCAACCAAUGACAGACUUACAUUAGGGUGUGAAUUAUUGGAUGGAACUAUAAUACGGGGGCAAAAUGAAAUUUCUCAUCCAUCCAGUGGAACAAUGGUACCUAUUAAGAAGGAAAGCUUUUCGGCUCCAGCUCUUCCUUCAAAAAUAAAACGGGUGUUCUACAUGUCAAGUGAAGGAAAAAAUUUGCUCCAUGAGGUUUUUCCCUCACCUAAUGCAGCUGUCUUAGAACAACUAUACAAUGUCGAUUGCAUUGUGUAUGGCAUGGGUUCCCUUUUUACCUCAAUCUGCCCCUCAUUGGUAUUACUGGGAAUUGGGGAGAUUAUUUCUUCAAGGUCUUGCCUCAAGGUACUUAUGUUAAAUGGUACGCAUGACCGGGAGACAAAUGGCUUUUCAGCAUCUUGUUUCGUAACUGCAAUUACCGAUGCUCUAAAUCGAACAUAUGGAGAAUCUUGUAACCGCUUGCAGAAUAUUCCUAGUAAAUAUAUCAAUACUCUUUUGGUGCCAAGAAACAGUACAGUUUCUGUUGAUGUUGAGUGUUUGGCUGCCCAAGGAAUAUUUGAUGUGAUAGUCGUUGACUCCAUACUUGAUCCUAAAGUGGGUAUUAUAUAUGACCCAAAGUCACUGAUUAGAGCUCUUGCUGACCUAAUAGAGAGAUACAUGAAGGCGCAGGUUAAUUGCUUAAUUGACACCAGAUGAUCAUGAGGCGCUAAUCUAAUUAUAGCCACCAUAUUGGCUGCAGAAUCAUAUUUUUGCAGUAUGUUCAUUACAAUAUACAUGGUGAAUUCGUCUAUUUAUUCCUCCCAUCAAAAUACAGAGUCAGAGACCGGUGUAACAAUCAACUUAUUUCUGUGAAAAAUGUCGAUGUGCCCUUGUAUAAUAAGAAUAGAGAACAAAACAAUCUCUAAUUACUGCUUUGUAUAUUAUUUUGUGUAUAUAUGUAUUCAAUAAUGUUGAAAACUAUCUUAUUUCCA